AGCCCGGGCACCUACGAGCGCCUGGCGCUGCUGCUCGGCUCCAUCGGGCUGCUGGGCGUCGGCAACAACCUGCUGGUGCUGGUCCUCUACUACAAGUUCCCGCGGCUCCGCACGCCCACCCACCUCCUUCUGGCCAACAUCAGCCUCAGCGACCUGCUGGUGUCCCUCUUCGGGGUCACCUUUACCUUCGUGUCCUGCCUGAGGAACGGCUGGGUGUGGGACACCGUGGGCUGCGUGUGGGACGGGUUUAGCAGCAGCCUCUUUGGGAUUGUUUCCAUUGCCACCCUAACUGUGCUGGCUUAUGAACGGUACAUUCGCGUGGUCCAUGCCAGAGUGAUCAAUUUUUCCUGGGCCUGGAGGGCCAUUACCUACAUCUGGCUCUACUCACUGGCGUGGGCAGGAGCACCUCUCCUGGGCUGGAACAGGUACAUCCUGGACGUACAUGGACUAGGCUGCACCGUGGACUGGAAAUCCAAGGAUGCCAACGAUACCUCCUUUGUGCUUUUCUUAUUUCUUGGCUGCCUGGUGGUGCCCAUGGGUGUCAUAGCCCAUUGCUAUGGCCAUAUUCUGUAUUCCAUUCGAAUGCUUCGUUGUGUUGAAGAUCUUCAGACAAUUCAAGUGAUCAAGAUUUUAAAAUAUGAAAAGAAAGUGGCCAAAAUGUGCUUUUUCAUGAUAUUCACUUUUCUGAUUUGUUGGAUGCCUUAUAUUGUGAUCUGUUUCUUGGUGGUGAAUAGUCAGGGACACCUGGUCACUCCAACAAUAUCUGUUGUUUCAUAUCUCUUUGCUAAAUCGAACACUGUAUACAACCCAGUUAUUUAUAUCUUCAUGAUUAGAAAGUUUCGAAGAUCCCUCUUGCAGUUCCUAUGUCUCCGACUUCUGAGGUGCCAGCAGCCUGCUAAAGACCUUCCAGCAGCUGAGAAUGAAAUGCAGAUCAGACCCAUUGUGAUGUCGCAGAAAGAUGGGGACAGGCCAAAGAAAAAAGUUACUUUUAACUCCUCUUCCAUUAUUUUUAUCAUCACCAGUGAUGAAUCACUAUCCGUUGAUGACAGUGACAAAACCAGUGGGUCCAAGGUUGAUGUUAUCCAAGUUCGUCCUUUAUAGGAAUAAAUAAUGGUAACGAAA